AUGGGCGACGACGUUCUGCCGGCGGACUUGCACGCUGCCGAGCAGAGGAGUAAGCUCGAGGCCGUUGAGUUCGUCAGAGGGAGGGCCGAGAGGGGGAUCCCCAUUCGUUUCUUUUCCGGGGGGUCCGGGGACGCCAGGCAUGCGCUGGAGACCAUUCGGGACGCGGUGGAGAUCGUGGACAGGGGCCCGGGGGCCCGCUCGCCAGGCGCUGUCCAGCUGCCGCGGCUGCAUUUCCUCCUCAAUGAUGUGGUGCCUGAGCAGCUUGCUCGAACGGUAGUGAUGCUGGUGCUGUUGCACGAUCACUUGGACAAUGAAGCCUACAACCCUCACAGGGACGUGCCUGACCGGGCCAGGCCACAGGAGAUGUGGGAGGACCUUGCGGAGCGUCAGAAGAAGGUAGAGGAAGAUGCACAGUAUGCAGCAGCCCUUGAAGGUAUGACGCUGGUGUGCCACACCUACUGCGGUCCUUUUCUCUUGCCCCACCACUACGCCAAGCUGAUGGCUGUCAUUCAGUCCCUGGCUGCCUCUCCAACCUCGACAUGGGACUGGAUUCGAGUGUCACCAAGUGAUUGGGAGGAGCUGCAAAGGGUGUUUACUUUCUGGGCCUCUGAGCCUGUUGGGAUGGAGUGGAUGGACAGUUUCUUUGCCAGAAGCGGUGAUGGACGCUUCGACCAACGUCAAGAUGAAGUUUUUGGCCCCCUGCUUCAACAAUCCAAAGAAAGCAUCAUAUCACAACACAGGGACACGAUUGCUCAACUCAAGGCGACGCCAGAUGCGCAAUUCAAGGAGAUGGUGGGCCAGGAUGGCCCUCUGAAGGAAGAUGCCAUCAAAUAUAUUGAGAGGCAAAUUGCAGAGGUGGAAGAGGCGACCAACAUAAGCGAUCUGAAGGAGCGCAUCCCAGCCUUAACAGAAGCUUUGGAGGAGGCUCUAGCAAAGGAGAGAUUGUUGUCUCCUCCUCCGGAACUAUUUCGCAAGUACAAGGACUUCAUUAAGGUUGAUGCAGGCCUACGGUUGGGCAAGGACCAGCGCAAGGUUGAGGCAGUAUACAGCAUGCUCCUUGAGUGCAGUGGUGUGGAGUUAGAUGACACAGAGUGUUCAAUGUACCACAAAGGACCUGCAGCUUGCUUGUGGAAACCAAAUCUGACUGUGCUGUCACAGUCCACGGUGAGUUUGGAACAACAUGAUUUGUUUCCAUUUAUCAAGCCAGCAGAGACCAGUGAUGUGAUUGCACAGCUGCGCUUCAGGGGUAUUCAUGACGCAAGCAACUCUGGAUCGGGGAGGCCCGAGAAGAUGACAAAGAGCCUUUCCAUCUUUGAACAUGUGGCUGCAUGGUUUUGGUCUGUCUCAUCCGCGAUGCAGAGAUUGGUGUCUCAGAAGGCACUGACGAUCGAAAUUGUGCCAGGCGACAUGCACAUCGUCGCUCUAGCCCAGCAGCCCUCAGUUUGGGACGAAAUAUCUGUGUCCAACGUUCCGGACUACACGGGGCUGUUGAAUACCUUCCUCUUCUUCAGUCCUCUGCUGCGGAGAGCGGUGGAGGACACCCAUGCUGGGCAUAUAAGGCAUGAUAUAUUGCUCGCAACGUCUCUGUACAAGCAUCUGGCAGAGUACAUCCACACUUCCACAAUGCUUACGGAUGCUGGACAGCUGAUUCGUUUGCUGAGGCUGGAGCACACUGGAGGCCAACUAGUUGGAAGUUGUCCGCAAUGGGCAGUCACUGAAGCCGCUGCCCUGGCAGGGAAGCCAGAACUUGAGGGCUGGUUGUACAGCCUUCUUCUCUGCAUUGUUUUGCCGGCGCCCCGAGACUGGCAACCAUGCUUUAGAGAAAACUCGCCGCUGACCAUGGUGACAUUCUUCCAUGCUAUUGUGGCGUUGUGUAAGAGGGGGUACAGCCACCACUGGCUUGCGAGCGUGCUUGAGAACGUGCUGAACAACAAGGUGAGGGCUGCGGCAAUGCCUGUGGCCACGUCGCCAUGCCCGAUUGCCCAUUCUACGGCGAUCUCAAGGAAGCGGUCGCACAACUUCUCUGCUGUUUUAGUGGAAUUUCGAUCAGUCUUGACUUACUUUAUGCGGUGGAAACUCAUCCCAUUUGGUUUGUGUGGGCAUCCGGUGUCUAUGCAACAGUCUCAUUGGUACACUUUCACCAAUGCAGAUGAGGCAAGGCGAGUCGAAUCUUUUUCGUUCAGUGCUGCCAAUCCUCCUUGCGUUGGGUGCUUGCUCAUCCCAGUCGCCCCUGGCAAAUCAGUGAGCUCCUCUGUGAUGGAAGUUGUGAUGUUGGGAGAAGACUUGCGAAACCUUGACACACUUGCUAAAUUGCGGGUGCACCUUUUGUCUGUAAUACGGUGGGACAGUACUGAAGGACGGCUCUCGUUAUAUUUGACUGAGCAUGAUUUUGCUCAGUGCAGGAACUAUUGUGCAAUUGUUAUAAGGACUGAUUCCUUCGAGCCCAUUAGUAAUCAUUUUCUUUUAGAAGCGGCUGUGAAGGAGCAAUAG